AUGUCUUGCCUCAAAGGUGGCAAGAAGAAGCCCCUACAGCAGCUGAAGAAGCAGGCCAAGGAGAUGGAUGAGGAGGGUAAGGCAUUCAAGCAAAAGCAAAAAGAGGAGCAGAAGAAACUCAGGGAACUAAAAGCAAAAGCUUCUCCUUACCAGAGGCUCGGCCAGUGGAUGCAGGACAUCUCCGGGGACCAGGGCGUGCUCAAGGACGUGAUCCGCGAGGGCGCCGGCGAGCUGGUGGUGCCCGAUGCCUCGGUGCUCGAGAGACUGAUGUUACAGAGGGGAGGGUACUGGUCCAUGUGUCUGUCUGUGCCCUCUGUCCCAGUGAAAUAUUCCGGGUACCUGGAGCACAUGGACAAGCCUUUUGAUUCGAAUUGCUUCAGGAAAACGCCCCGACUCAUGAAGCUUGGAGUGGAUAUUACCCUGUAUGGCAUGGAGCUGGGCCUUCUGAGCAUGCGGAGGGGAGAACUGGCCAGGUUUCUAUUCAAGCCGCCCUAUGCCUACGGAACACUGGGCUGCCCACCCUUGAUCCCCCCCAACUCCACCGUCUUAUUUGAGAUUGAGCUAAUCGACUUCCUGGAUUCUGCUGAAUCGGACAAGUUUUGUGCCCUGACCGCUGAACAACAAGAUCAGUUUCCACUUCAGAAAGUCCUAAAAGUGGCAGCUACUGAACGGGAGUUUGGCAACUACCUUUUCCGCCAAAAUCGUUUCUAUGAUGCCAAAGUGAGAUAUAAACGGGCUUUGUUGCUUCUCUGCCAGCGAUCAGCACCCCCUGAAGAACAGCACCUGGUGGAAGCCGCCAAGCUUCUUGUUCUCCUUAACCUCUCCUUUACAUACCUGAAGCUGGAGCAUCCCAGCAGGGCCCUGCACUAUGGAGAGCAGGCUCUGAUUAUUGACCAGAAGAAUGCCAAAGCCCUCUUCCGGUGUGGACAGGCCUGUCUCCUCAUGACUGAGUACCAGAAGGCUCGAGAUUUUCUAGUCCGAGCCCAAAAGGAACAGCCCUUUAAUCAUGACAUCAAUAAUGAGCUGAAGAAACUGGCCAGCCACUACAGGGACUACACAGAGAAAGAGAAAGAAAUGUGCCAUCGAAUGUUUGCUCCUUGUGAUAAUGGCUCUGCAGUAGGAGAAAAGUAAAGGUAAUAAAAG